CACUUUCAAGGCCCGGCAACAACAACCCAUAUGCCUCCAGAUAUCCGGACAACCUCAGCAUUUAGCUUCAGUCAUAUUAUCUUACCUAUUUCUCGCCGCAUAUGGCCAGACUUAACGAGCCGCCUGGCAAUUCGGAAAGUGUCGAAGUUGUAAAACGGCGCUUCCUCCGGCAAAAUAGAGAACUUGCAAAAUGCAACUCGAAUCAAUCCGUUCGGAUACGCUCCCUCGAACAAGAAAUAUCGCGGCUCCUUGCAGAGAAUCUCUCCCUCCGCGAACAGAUCAUUCAGAGUCAGAGUCAGUUGGAGCAUUAUGAACAAGGGCCAACCAUAGGACAUCUCGCUGCCACACGAAACCUCCUAGAGGCCAAAAUGCGCGAGCUCGGACAAAUAGUAGCGGGCCUAGGAAGCCUGCCAACUCGAGCUCCAAGAGCAAAACCACAACCUGUCGCCGCUAAGAAAUCACCGGAUGAGCGGAACUGGAGGAACGCCUUAUUACAAUCGGAAGAGUGUCUGCUGCCGACCAUCAUGGAGGACAAAUAUCAUCCCCGCAGGACUCUAGAUGCUGAAGAUAUUAAAGGAUUGUUCAUCAAUGGCACCAUGGAAUCACCAGACUUAGGUCCUCCGCCAGUAGCACACUUCCAAGAUGAAGACCCAAUUAAGUGCGACCUGCCAGUCACAAAUCGUAGAGUGUCAGCACUAGAGGACGGCGACGAUGUACAAGACAUGGCUGAUAUACUACCUGCCAACCUGGAGACACGCAGAAGGAGGAGAGAUAGCUCAUCCCGGAGGAAGUCAAUGUUCGAGCCGUCAAUUGACGAUAGGGAUAGCAGUGAAGCAGGAAGUGUUAGCGAAAGUAAUGAUCCACCACGUACGGGCUCAAAGCGCAAAUUGAGUGCCAGAGAAGACGAUGGUACGGCCGUCCAAGGGAUAGCGACCAACGAUGACUCCCAUUACAUUCGCAAGACUUCCGCUGAGCCAGUCAUUGAUACGGCACCACCGCCAAAUCCACAACAGACUCGGAAGAUUCUGGGUGCAAAGAGCACAAACUCAACGUCUCCUAAGAAGCAAGUGGUUACUGGCAAGAAGGACGGAAGGCUAGCCAAAGACGUGAAGAGACACGUGCGGGUGCCGCCCAAGGGGAACGAAAAUCAUGAACCCAUUAGUAUAAAUGGCUCUGGAAUAACCGAAGCACCCGUCCUGGAGAUUGUAGAUAUAGCUUUGGAUACGAUACAUCUGCCUCCAAAAACACCGGUUGGAGUGGGCGAAAUCUUUUCCCCUGCAUCUACGGAGGCUUCUACCGAACGGCCAGACCGCAGAGACGGUACUCCACCUCCAGCAGACUUGGAUGGGACAAGCAUUGAUCAACAAUUGAACGGCCGCGGCUCGAGAAGGUCAAGGCCUGCGGUUAGCUACGCAGAGCCCAAGCUGAACGUGAAGAUGCGUCGUCCUGGGAAAGAGCUCGUUGACGCUGUUAUCACGAAGGAGCCACGACCUACUACUUCUGUGGUCAAGCCCGAAGAUGCGCCAUCCGCCCCAGUCACGGUAGAGAAGCCUUCGAUGCGAACUGUGGUAAUUAAGCGCGAGCGAGAGGAUGAUAGGCAUGAUUGGGAAGGCCUUCCGCAGAGCGCGCCUGAGCAAAGGAGCCCUCUGAGCAAUAAGACCACAUCCGCUCCUCCACUCCCAGACUCCGAGAAGACGGAGAGCAACCCGAUCAAGCCCACUGGUGCAGCAGCAACGAUAUCAGCUCUGAUAUCCAAUUCUACCAAGCCAAAACAACAACCAAAACCCAACAGUAGUAAAGACGACAGAAACACGCCGAAAGAUGAACUGGCAGUUUUUGACUUCACUGAAUCCUCGCCAGCGACACUGACAGAUAAACCUGAACUUCCAAAAUCACGUGUAGAAUCUGCGCGAGCUCGAACGGCUCGAAGACACUCAUCUGUAGCGGGCUUGGUAUCGAAGAGCGAAACAGUGGGAGGCACGAGAACAGCUACUUCUUCUUCUUCCGCCGCGAAACCUCCGCCAGCAGAUUCAAAUCCAAAGAAGACGCAUACGGUCUCUAGGGACACCAAGUCGGCCGUCUUGGAGAGAGCUGCGUCGAGGCGACGCAGUAUGAUGAUGUAAACAAGCAUCCGUGGAUCUGCAUCGACAUAGAGCGGAUUUUCAGCUUGGAGGUUGCGUUUGAACCUUGGUUUCGAUUCUGAUUCAGCGUGUAGCGUUCUCGCAAAGAUACUCAGUAGCGUGGAGUCCGGAUAUGGGUGUUUGUUACCAUUGGCUACAAAGAGUGGAUGUUGAUAAAUUUACGUUUUUUUUAAUUGAAGAACUUUUGAAAUCGACUGUGGUUACAUACGUGACGUUGAUUCGUUUUGUGUUUGGGUUUAGAGGAAGUGUCGACCGUGGAAUUCGUACUUAGGAGGGAAGAGCUAGGAAGUGUAAGUCCCAUGGAUUGGAUGAGAU